AUGUCUAAAUUAGAGACACGCUCUACCGAUUCGUUUGACCCGGAUACUUAUAAAGCAACUGCUAUUGCUAAUGAGCCAAGUGUUAAGCCAGAAAUGGUUUUGAAAAAUUUUGCCAGGACUUAUGAGACUCCAAAAUCUGGUGCAUAUCAGUCCUUUAUUUCAGGGGUUGGUUCAUUUUUUGGUCAGUGUGGUAUGUUUUGUUUUCUUUGUGAAAAUCCAUAUAAGGAAGUUGAUCAAGGUGAAGUUGGCUUAGUCCAGACUUUUGGAAGAUUAUCAAGAGCUGUUGAGCCCGGGUUAAAUUAUGUUAAUACAUGGAGUGAGAGAUUAACGAGAGUUUCUAUCAAGAUUAAUAUAAGAGAAAUGCCAGCACAAAAAUGUCUAACUAGAGACAAUGUUAGUGUUAUAAUCACUUCAGUUGUUUAUUACAACAUUAUUGAUCCUCAAAAGGCUAUUUUUUCAAUUCAAAAUAUCCACGAGGCUAUUAUUGAAAGAACUCAGACUACCUUGAGGGAUGUUAUUGGUGGUAGAGUAUUACAAGAUGUUGUUGAAAAGAGAGAGGAAGUUGCUGAAUCAAUUGAACAUAUAAUAGCAAAGACCGCUUUUGACUGGGGUGUCAAUAUCGAAUCCAUUUUGAUCAAAGAUUUGACUUUGCCGGACAAAGUUCAAGCAUCAUUAUCAAUGGCCGCUGAAGCUAAAAGAAUAGGUGAGGGUAAGAUCAUCAAUGCCAAGGCAGAAGUCGAAAGUGCCAAAUUAAUGAGAAAAGCUGCCGAUAUCUUGGCUUCGAAACCUGCAAUGCAAAUUAGAUAUUUGGACGCAUUACAAAAUAUGGCCAAGUCUCCAGGUACUAGAGUAAUUUUUAUGCCAUCAGCUCAAGAAGUUGAAAGACUAGCUACAUCGAAUAUUGGUGAAAAUACCUAUAUCGAUAAGGGGAAAGGAAAACUACAAGAUUUGGAAGAGGAUAAAGAAUGGGCGACAGGCUCUACCGAAGACAAUCAUCCAUUCAAAAGACAACAUGUUAUACCUGUUGGAAUAAACAGUAAUAAGCAUAUUCUUGAUACUGUGGCCAUGCAAGAGGCAUUGCAUUGA